AUGAAGAUUGCCCAUAGAGGUUCCUCUGUAGAUUUAGCCAUUUUUAGUCUUCAUUUAGCAGGUAUUUCUUCAACCUUAGGGGCUAUUAAUUUUAUUACUACUGUAAUUAAUAUACGGCCAGAAGGAAUAACGUUAGAUCGAAUACCAUUAUUUGUGUAA